AUGGUGGGGAAGCUAUCGGCGUGCUUUCUGAGCCAUGGAUGGAGCUGUUGCACAGUGCUUGACUGCAAGCAUUUCAAUGUGCGGUAUUACUCUUUGCCUUCUCCUCCCUUGCUUACAGUUUCCUGCAAGAUGCGUCAACGUAACUCCAGCUUACCACCUCGGAGGCCACAAGCAAAGAAAAUUGUUCCCGCACAGCUUCCCCAAAAUGACAACCUCAUGCCAGAUGUUAGUGGACUUAGUGAUUCAGAAAAUGCUGAUGACAUCUCAGCUUUUUCUCAGAAGUCUCCCUCUGAUGACAUUGUAGCAAUUCAGCGUUUCGAUAACAAGAAUUCAAGCAGCACACUGAACCCGUCUAUUGCUGCAGAUAAAGUGGAUGAUCUCUCAACUAUUAAUCUUCAAGAUGUAAUAGGGAUGAUACGUAAUGCAGAGAAAAAUAUUCACAUCCUAAACCGAGCUCGUAUCCAUGCACUUGACGAUUUAGAAAAGAUUCUUAGUGAGAAAGAGGCCUUGCAAAGAGAAAUUAACAGGUUGCAGGUGAGGCUGGCUGAAACUGAUGCGUGGAUCAGAGUUGCCGCACAAGAUAAGAUACAUGUGGAGCUAUUACAACACCAUUUAGAGGAACUUCAAACGGAAAUGUCUAACAGGAAUGGAACUCGUAAUGAAAUGCCUGAUAUUGUUCUCCGCUCUCCUGAUCGACAAACCCGUGCUCUAAGCGAGGAGCUGAAUGCAUUAAGGAAUGAGAACCUGUCCCUGAAGAAUGACCUAGAGACACUUAAGGAGCAGCUUAGUGAAGUCAAGAGAACAGAUGAACGCGUUGAAGUGCUGGAGGAAGAACGCACCAUUUUGGAGUCUUCGUUAAAGGAGUUGGAGUACAAGCUUACUCUUUCUCGGGAAGAUGGUGCACAACUUUCUAGUUUAAGAUCGGAAUAUGAGACCCUAUGGGAUAAGGUAGAGCAUUUGCAAGGAUUACUUGAUAAGUCAACUAGUCAGGCAGAUCAAGCUAUUUUGGUAUUACAGCAAAACCAGGAGCUGCGGAAGAAGGUUGAAAGGCUGGAAGAAUCUCUUGAAGAUGCUAACGUUUACAAAUUAUCAUCAGAAAAGCUGCAACAGUAUAAUGAUCUAAUGCAACAGAAAAUAAAGCUGCUUGAUGAACGACUUGAAAGGUCUGAUGCGGAGAUACAUUCGUAUGUACAGCUAUACCAAGACUCGGUGAAGGAAUUUCAAGAUACACUUGAUAACUUGAAAGAAGAAAGUAAGAAAAAAGCAACAGGUAAAAAUGUGGAUAUGCCCUGGGAAUUCUGGAGUCGUUUGUUGCUUAUGAUUGAUGGUUGGUUUCUUGAAAAGAAAAUUCAUGUGGACGAGGCUAAACUGCUAAGGGAACUGGCAUGGAAGAAGGAUGGACGUAUCCAUGAUGUUUAUAUGGAAUACAAGGAAAAGAAUGAGCCUGAAAUUAUUGCUGCUUUUCGCAGAUUGAAAUCUUCAUCAUCCGGUCCAGGAUUGCAUGUCAUUCAUAUUGCUGCUGAGAUGGCACCAGUUGCAAAGGUUGGUGGUCUAGGGGAUGUGUUGUCUGCUCUUAGUAAAGCACUACAGAAGAAAGGACACCUUGUGGAAAUAAUUCUUCCAAAAUAUGAUUGCAUGCAGUAUGAAUGUAUUCAGGAUUUAAGGGUUUUAGAUUUAGUGGUUGAGUCGUAUUUUGAUGGCCGCUUGUACAAUAAUAAAAUUUGGGUUGGUACAGUUGAAGGCCUUCCUGUCUACUUUAUCGAGCCUCAUCAUCCUGCUAAAUUUUUCUGGAGGGGGAAAACCUAUGGAGAGCCUGAUGAUCUGAAGCGCUUCUCAUUCUUUAGCAGGGCAGCACUUGAGCUGAUUCAUCAAGCUAGCAAAAAACCAGAUAUUAUUCAUUGUCAUGACUGGCAGACAGCUUUUGUCGCACCCCUGUACUGGGAUCUAUAUGCACCCAAAGGACUAAAUUCAGCUAGGAUAUGCUUUACAUGUCAUAAUUUCGAGUAUCAGGGUACUACAACUGCUUCAGAGAUAGCAUCUUGUGGUCUUGACGUUCACCACCUUAACAGACCAGAUAGGAUGCAGGACAACUCAUCACCUGACAGAAUCAAUCCUGUUAAGGGUGCAAUCGUGUUCUCUAACAUUGUAACAACAGUAUCACCAACCUAUGCACAAGAGGUGCGGACUUCACAGGGAGGACAAGGGCUUCAUGCAACCCUUAAUGAUCAUGCUCAAAAGUUUGUUGGGAUUCUGAAUGGAAUUGAUACUGAUGCUUGGAAUCCUGCUACUGACAGCCAUCUUAGAUUCCAGUACAAUGCUGACGAUCUUGAGGGGAAAGCUGAGAAUAAAAAAGCUUUAAGAAGACAUCUUGGGCUUUCUUUUGCUGAUAGUAGGAGGCCAUUGGUUGGCUGUAUAACAAGAUUGGUGCCACAGAAGGGUGUGCAUCUCAUCAGGCAUGCAAUAUAUCGGGCAUUGGAGUUGGGAGGACAAUUUGUAUUGCUUGGUUCAAGCCCUGUGCCAAGUAUUCAUAGGGAAUUUGAGGAGAUCGCAAACAAAUUUCAAAAUCAUGAGCAUAUUCGGCUGAUUUUGAAGUAUGAUGAGGCUCUUUCACAUUCUAUAUAUGCAGCAUCAGACAUGUUCAUCAUUCCAUCUAUAUUCGAGCCUUGUGGCUUAACACAGAUGAUAGCCAUGAGAUAUGGUGCAAUCCCCAUCGUUAGAAAGACAGGGGGUCUAAAUGACAGUGUUUUUGACGUUGAUGAUGAUACCAUUCCAGUUCAAUUAAGAAAUGGAUUUACAUUUAUAACACCGGAUGAGCAGGGGUUCAAUGGUGCUUUUGAUCGAGCCUUUAACCACUACAACAGUGAUAGCGAAGGUUGGCAAGAGCUAAUGCACAAAGUCAUGAACAUAGACUUCAGUUGGGACACAUCAGCAUCACAGUACGAAGAACUUUAUCUACAAUCAGUAUCCAGAGCAAAGGCAGCUCGUUGUGCACCUGGCUAAUCCUACCCAUCUCCACCAGUUUCCUCUCCAAGUAUACCCUUUUACGGCUGAACCUGCAUCAAAUGCAAAUGGUACAUCCAUAACACGACCAAAUGGUUAAUACCCGUUAGAGAAAUUUGAAGGCAUUAGUUACUUCUUGUCACAAAUUGGUUUAUACAACAGUUGUCCAUAUUAGUAACAUUGACGAAUUAUUGCCAGUGUAAAUCAUGUCGAUAUGUGGUUUUUACAGAACAGACAUUGUACACCAUGAGUCUGUCAUUCAUAUACAUGUAAAGAUGCACACUUUAGUCAAUAAAAUUUGGUGUUAGAUCUCU